AUGGGUAAAUCAAGUAAGGAUAAACGAGAUUUAUAUUAUAGACGAGCCAAAGAAGAAGGAUGGCGUGCCCGUUCUGCAUUCAAGCUCCUUCAGUUAAACCAAGAAUUUAACUUAUUCGACGGGAUAACUCGCGUAGUGGAUCUUUGUGCUGCACCAGGAUCGUGGUCACAAGUGCUUAGUCGAGAACUUCAGGGUAAAAAUGCCAAGAUUGUGGCGGUGGAUUUACAGCCAAUGACUCCUAUUGAUGGAGUGACUACAAUACAAGCCGAUAUUACCCAUCCAAACACUUUACAAACCAUUCUCGAUAUAUUUGCCGGUGAACAAGCAGAUUUCGUGUGUAGCGAUGGUGCACCUGAUGUGACGGGAUUGCAUGAUUUAGACGAAUAUAUUCAAGCCCAAUUGAUAUUGUCGGCAUUGCAAUUGACUACAUGUUUGUUGAAGCCAGGUGGAACAUUUGUGGCCAAGAUUUUCCGAGGCAGAGAUAUCGACUUGUUGUAUAGUCAAUUGAGUUACCUUUUUGAAAGAGUCAUAUGUGCCAAGCCAAGAGCAUCAAGGGGUACUUCUCUUGAAGCUUUUAUUGUGUGUUUAGGGUAUAAACCAAGACCAGGAUGGAAUCCAAAAUUGGAUUUACAAACCUCAACUGAAGAAUUCUUUGAAGGCGCAGAUAUCGGUAAAGCUGGUAAUUUGGAACAUUUCGAAUUACCUGAUGACGAAGAACGGAAAAUCGCAAAGUUUGUGGCUUGUGGUGACAUCAAUGAUGUCGAUUCUGAUGCUACUUAUACUUUGGAAUUGAAUAGACUUGCAUUAGAACCAGUACAAAUGCCCACGGCGCCUCCAUAUAAGAAAGCUCUUGAAAUGAAGAGAAGAGGAGACUUGAUAAGAAGAUAG